CAUUAGUGCGCCGCGGCCUCCGCGCGCCUCCCUCUUCGCUCGCCUUUCCGGGAUUUCAUUUCCCGUUUCGUUUCGUUCCACCCGAGGGCGGGCGAGAGAGCGGCCGGCGCGCGUGGGAGCGGGCUGGAUUUGCGCGUCCUGUACCGAGCGCCCCAUGUGACAGGUCGCUCGCUUGCCCCCGCCGCUCCCUCCCUCCCUCUCCCUCCCUCGUCCCGCAAAGCUACCGCAACGCGCCGAGCGGGGUCCCCGGCCAGCCAAACUCUCCCCUCCCACCCCAAAAAGCCGAGGCAGCGAGCGCGGCGGGCGCAAAAGGCUAGUGCGCGCUCGUGCUCGUGCUCCCCGACCAGACUAGACUAGACCAGCGCGCUAGCUAGCUAGCGCCAGCAAGGCGCCGAGGGGGUGGCGAUGCUCACCCGCCGAUCUACUGCUACCGCCGCGGCCGCCGCCGCCGGGAUCUGGCUGUGACUGAUAAGGAUGUCGUCGGCGGCGUCGCGGAGCGGGAGGAGGCGGACCGGGAGCGUGGCGCUCGGGGACCUUCUGCGGCGGGAGGCGUCGGCGGAGCGGGCCGCGUUGGGAGGCGGCGGCGAGCGGGAGCGGGAGCGGGAGCGGUGGCCCUCGGUCGCGGCGGGGCAGGCCUGCCGGGCGAAGAAAGGCGAGGACUUCGCGCUGCUCAAGCCCGCCUGCGAGCGACGCCCCGGCGCGCCGUCCACCUCCUUCUCCGCCUUCGCCGUAAGCGCUCCCCCGCCUCCCUCGGCCCGUCUUCCAUGUCCCCCAAUGCUGUUCGAUGGGCACAACGGCAGCGCCGCCGCGGUGUACGCCAAGGAGCACCUCCUCGGCAACGUGCUCAGCUGCGUCCCCACCGAUCUGAGCAGGGAUGAGUGGCUCGCCGCGCUCCCCAGGGCGCUCGUCGCGGGGUUCGUCAAGACCGACAAGGAUUUCCAAACGAGAGCUCAUUCCUCGGGGACAACCGUGACGCUUGCCAUAAUUGAUGGCUCCGUUGUAACUGUUGCGUCCGUUGGUGAUUCACGCUGUGUCCUUGAAGCUGAGGGAUCCAUCUACUAUUUGUCGGCUGACCAUCGCUUUGACGCUAAUGAAGAGGAGGUUGGACGUGUCACCGAAUGCGGAGGUGAAGUUGGAAGGCUAAAUGUCGUCGGUGGUGCUGAGAUUGGCCCCCUUAGAUGUUGGCCAGGUGGUCUAUGCCUCUCAAGAUCGAUUGGUGAUCAGGACGUAGGUGAAUUUAUCAUUCCGGUUCCUUAUGUGAAGCAAAUUAAGCUGUCUAAUGCUGGAGGCCGUCUUAUUAUUUCAAGUGACGGUGUUUGGGAUGCUUUGACCGCGGAAGUGGCUUUUAGAUGUGCACGAGGGCUUCCUCCUGAGGCUGCAGCUGAGCAAAUUGUCAAAGAAGCAGUUGAAUCAAAAGGAUUGAGAGAUGAUACAACUUGCAUUGUCAUUGACAUAAUACCACCAGAAAAACCAAAAUGCACUAUAGAAUCUCCAAAAACGCCAGGAAAAGGCCUUGUACUUCUAAAAAAAUUCUUUUUAAGGAAAACUGCAUCCGACUCGUUAUCCCUAGCUGAUAAAGAUAAUUAUCCUGAGCCAGAUUUAGUGGAGGAGGUCUUUGAGGACGGAUGCCCAUCCCUUUCGAGGAGGCUUAAUUCUGAAUAUCCUGUUCGAGAUAUGUUCAAAAUUUUUGCAUGUGCAAUUUGUCAAAUUGAAUUGGAAUCUGGUCAAGGCAUAUCCAUACACGAGGGUUUGUCAAAGCCAGGAAAGCUGUGUCCCUGGGAUGGCCCUUUCCUUUGUCACAGUUGCCAGGAAAAGAAAGAGGCGAUGGAGGGGAAGCGUCACUCACGAGAUUCCUCGUCAAGAAAUAGCGGGUCAAGUGAAUAGUGACUGAAUCCAAGAGUCAUCUUGAGGCAACCACCUAGCGGUGUGACGAGCUAAUUCUUGUUGCAGUUGUCAUUCUUGCAGCACUUCCUCUAUUACAUGGACUACCAUUGGAUAGAGACAGAUGUUGGAAGGUGACAUGCCUGCAUAUGUUGGAGUUAUAUGGCACGGAACCGCUGGGCUUGUGGCAGUAGCUCGUGCAGGUAAUGAUGACAAGAGAUUGUUAGUGAAGAAUGUCCACAGUGGCCAAUAGUCAUGUAAAUUACCCAUGGUAUAGAGGUGCAAGUGACAAAUAGCCACGGUUUUGUAAUUCUCGACUAGGAUUAGGUAUUGAGACCCUGUAAUUCGUCUGGGCAGACCUCAAACUAAAGGUCAACAACGUAGCCUGGCUUAUUGUAGAAUGUAUCUUGCCCUACAAUGAUCAUGAUUCAACGCUGUAAUUAAAUCUAAGAUCUUUGCAGACA